UUCUCCAGUGAAAGCGUCCUGUAUUGGAAGUGGGGGUGGGUGAGUGUGGGGGAAGGAGGAGCAUCCUUUCCAGCCCCACAACCUGCAGCGGCUGAUGCCAUUUCACCGGAAAUUCAGGCUGGUUCGUCGCCUCUUCAGAGCCCGCAGCGCUUCCCCUCCGAGGGACCUCAGAAGUCGCGCCUUUAUCCGCCUCGGCUCUGAUCGGGAGAUCGCGCCUUCCUUUUGAUCCUUUUUGCGAUUCUCCCGCAAGAAGCGAAGCGAACGGACCAGACAAGGGGCGACAAUGCUGGGAUUCCUAGGGUCCGCGUGGCCGCUCUUGGUUUUGGUCCCUCUUUCGGUAUUCGUGCUAGUGCCUUAUAUCAGGAAGUAUUUUGGAGGAAGGGUGUGCAAGUCUGCAGCACAACUGAAUGGGAAAGUUGUAGUGAUCACUGGAGCCAACACUGGUAUAGGGAAGGAAACGGCACGAGACCUUGCAAGAAGAGGUGCCAAAGUCAUUCUUGCUUGCAGAGAUAUGGCAAAAGCAGAAAAGGCAGCCCAUGAAAUCCGGAUCAUGACGGGAAACCAAGAGGUUACAGCAAAAAAAUUAGACUUGGCAGACACCAAAUCUAUCAGAGAAUUUGCCAGUAAUUUCUUGAAAGAGGAGAAACAACUCAACAUACUCAUCAACAAUGCAGGGGUUAUGAUGUGCCCCUAUUCAAAGACAGCUGAUGGUUUUGAGAUGCAUUUUGGAGUCAACCAUCUUGGCCAUUUUCUUUUAACAUUCCUGCUAAUAGAGUGCAUAAAACAAAGUGCACCAGCUCGUAUUAUAAAUGUGUCUUCAGUGGCUCAUCAUCUUGGGAGGAUUCACUUCCAGAAUCUCCAGGGUGAAAAGUUCUACAUUCGGAGCCUGGCUUACAGUCAUAGCAAGCUGGCCAAUGUUCUUUUUUCCCGGGAAUUGGCUAGACGUCUGCAAGAUACUGGCGUCACUGUAAACGCUCUGCAUCCAGGUACAGUUUUGUCUGAACUUGUUCGUCAUUCCUUUAUACUAAAAAUUUUGUGGAACGCAUUUGCUAUCUUCUUGAAGACACCUUGGCAAGGAGCUCAGACCAGUAUAUAUUGUGCGGUGACAGAGGAGUUGGAGAACGUCAGUGGAAAAUAUUUCAGUGAUUGUAAACCAGCAAAUGUGUCAUCUCAAGGACGUAAUGAUGAAACAGCAAAGAAGCUUUGGAAUGUUAGUUGUGAACUCCUUGGUAUCCAGUGGAAUUGACCUGCAAAGGCCAGAUUUCAGCCAUAGAAUUGCCAUGUUAAGACUACAAUGAAAUACUGCUUCUCUGAGUCACUGUUCUUUCAAAUCGAAAUUCACAAUGAAAAUGGUAUGUAAAUUUUUGGGUUAACUUCAAUAAACAAUCUACAUGUU